UUUCUCGUUUUCCUUUUGUCGUAAAACGCACCACCUUUGCAUUUGCAAGCUCAUCGUCACACUCACACCGAACAACACACUAAUCUAAGUUAUUAUUUCUAUUUCCUUGUUCAUUUUUUUUUUCUGAACAAAAUAGUUCUGACCAACUCCUUUUCGACACCCCAAAAUCCUAGCUACAGAUUCCCUCCAUCAAUUUCAGGUAAUUUGAUUUUGGUAGCAUAGUGAUCCUGGAAGCUCAACAGAGGGUGUAGUACUGUUGAUAGGAGUCCCUGAAAUGUAUGUGCCGGUGGCUACUUCUGCCACACCACGAGGCGGAGUGCCUACUGACAGUGGGGACUCUGUUGUUACAUUAGAUCAAGUUCCGCGGUGGAAUGAUACUGAUCAGUCUUUGGGGUUUGAAACUCCAUUUUCUGGUUCAUACUUUCCCGAUCCUUUAGCAUCUCCCUCAGGAGCAGACGGUGGUGAUGGCAGCGAGUCAGUGUCAAGAUUUCCCGUUGACCAUGAAGUCAAUUCGAAGGUGUAUUUGUGGAGGGGGAAUCCCUGGAAUCUUGAGGUGGAUGCUGUGAUAAAUUCAACAAAUGAGAGUAUGGAUGAAGCACACAGCAGUCCUGGAUUGCAUGCAGCAGCUGGACCUGGUCUUGCAGAAGAAUGUGCGGUUCUGGGUGGAUGUCGAACAGGGAUGGCAAAAGUUACCAGUGGAUAUGACCUUCCUGCUAGGAGAAUUAUCCAUACUGUUGGUCCCAAGUAUGCUGUGAAGUACCAUACUGCUGCAGAAAAUGCUUUAAGUCAUUGCUAUCGCUCUUGCCUGGAGCUUCUAGUUGAAAAUGGGCUUCAAAGCAUUGCAAUGGGUUGCAUUUAUACAGAGGCAAAGAACUAUCCCCGAGAACCAGCAGCACAUGUAGCUAUAAGAACGGUGCGACGAUUUCUUGAGAAGCAGAAAGACAACAUCACGGCUGUUGUCUUUUGCACUGUGAGCACAACCGAUACUGAGAUAUAUAAAAGGUUGCUUCCACUUUACUUUCCUCGAGAUAAACAUGAGGAGCAGGUCGCAUUGUCAAAACUUCCUGCAGAUGUUGGGGAUGAAAAUGGUGAGACGAUCAUAGAUGAGCGUAAAAUCAGAAUAAAGCCUUUACCCAAAAAGAGUGUUUCAAGACCUCCUGAACUGCUAGUUGACCCUCUUGUUAGUGACGUUGGCAUGGCUCACAGGAAUUCUUCCUAUUUAGAUUCAUUUUUGGAUCCUGCCUUCAUGUCCAUGAUUAAAGACCCUGAUCAAAGGCGUCUGGAGCAGUGGGAGAAAACUGCUGAAGCACAAAGAGGCUGGAAUUGUGCGAAAUUGCUUGGAUAUGGUGACCUUGGUGGACCUCCGUUGUCUGCUGCAGAAGAAUAUUCUCUUCACUCUAGAUAUCUGUCUAAAGCAAAUUCUUUAAAUCUUUCUGAAAUCGCAGAAAUGAAAAUUGUCUAUCGUGGAGGGGUAGACAGUGAGGGUCAUCCUGUUAUGGUUGUUGUGGGGGCCCACUUUUUGCUCAGGUGUCUUGAUCUGGAGCGCUUUGUGCUCCAUGUAGUGAAGGAGUUUGAGCCUAUAAUACAGAAGCCUUUUACUAUUGUCUACUUCCACUCUGCCGCAUCUUUGCAGAUGCAGCCAGACCUGGGUUGGAUGAGAAGAUUGCAACAAAUACUUGGUCGGAAGCACCAGAGCAACCUACAUGCAAUAUAUGUCCUUCACCCAACUUUUGGACUAAAAGCAGCAAUAUUUGCCCUUCAGUUGUUUAUUGACAAUGUGGUUUGGAAGAAAGUGGUAUAUGUUGAUCGACUCCUGCAACUCUUCAAAUACGUGCCUCGUGAACAGUUGACCAUCCCAGAUUUUGUCUUUCAGUUGAGUGUAAUGUUUCACAUGAUGUCAUCAAUAUUCGUUUUCAUGAUGUUAUUAUGUACAAUGUUUCAUUUUCAAAUUUCAAUGUAUUGUUUCUGAAAAUAUUUGGAAUUGAAGCUGUUCUUGCAUUUUAGGAAUGCCCUAUUCUAAAUAAGGUAUCCUCACUGGUUGGUGAGCGAUGCUGAUUCAAGAAUUCUUUCAUCUUUUGUGUUGCAUCCAUUUUUAUUGCUGUACCUAUCUCCUUAUAGUAAAUUUACUUUUUGAUCCUAGAGAUGGCACUAAUUUGUUCCGUACUUCUAUUCACAGGCAUGACUUGGAAGUGAAUGGAGGGACAGGUCUCAUUGUGGAUCCCAGAACAAAAUAUGUGUAUAACAGACCAUGAUACGUGCUGUUCUAUCAUUAGCUGAUAAAAGAGGAUCAUUUUCUGUAAUUUCUUCAUUAUUUCCCUUGCCCUUACUGUCGCUGGUAACGGCAAAAGGGCUUCUAUGAGUUUGAAAUGUGUAUGGAAGCAUUCUUUUGUUGAAAAGCAUUGAUAAGUUUAUCUGUAUGUAUAUGAAGCUAUGCAUAGAUGUAAAAUUGAUUGUGGAAGCUAGUUGGUUGCCUUCAUUUUAAUUGUACAUUCAAGGGAUCUGUAUUGAAUAAAAUUAGGCUUUGAUGACUUUCGUUCUUCUCAUUGCAUCAUCGAUUUUUGCCACUGUUCAGCGUUCCCCGUGGUACCAACUACCAAACUAAUGCUCUAGUUUGGUUAUCGCUAGCUGUAACAUUUCAUGUGAUUUUAUGACAACGAAGAGAGCUGGUACGACAGCGAAGAGUCUUCAUGGGAAUCAUUCCCUCAUCCAUAGAGCACUCAGGUACAGGCAGAGAAACAAAAAUGUCUGGUGGUGUGGCUAGGUGCAAGAGCUGUCUUGGGUAUUCAUGGUAUCCAAACAGGUUGAAGAUUGCCCAAAAUAUAGUGAAUUUCUCUAUGAUCAAUCCGAAAAUGUAGUGUGGCACAUGACAGUAAAGUAUGUGUUACGUCUUUCACUUCAAGUUACAUGCUUGAUGUAUUUUUUUCAACAUCACAUAUCACAUGUCCAAAGCAAUUUCACACCAAUGAAUAGUUUUUAUUACUUUAAUAAUUAUUAUAAAAUUUAAAUAUUUUUGGUUAAAAAUAGGUGCACCUCUUUCUAAACAUUUUAUGCACGUCACAUAUUGAUGAAUGAAGUGCAUAUAAUUGCGUGUAUUUUACUCCUAGAAACAAGUUGAUUUUCCUCUGCUACCCCGUCUCCCUAAUAAACAAAUUACAUCUAUUGAUUUAUUUC